GAAGAAUGAAAUGAGCAAUGAGCAAUCCCAAUCGAGCAUUUCAAUUUUCAAAUUCAACCUUAAAAACUCGUGUUGUUUACGUCUUUAUAACCUUAAAACAUUAUACAGAAUAAUAAGAUAAAUAAUAUAGUUGAAUAUACUUAACAUCAUGGUAAAACGGCAAAUGAAAUCAUCUACGACAGAUAAUGAUGGUGAAAUAAAUAUUUUGAAUGAAAAUGGAAAACGUCCUGCAGAAGACGCUAAUAAAGAAAACAAAAAACGCACCCGCAUUAAAAACUUAUAUCGUCAGCCUACUGCAAAAGAAUUAAAUCGACUUCACGAAACGGAAAAUUUAUUUAAUUCUAACUUGUUUCGACUACAGAUCGAUGAAGUUUUAGAUGAAGUUAGGCUUACAGAAAAGACCACAAAGCGCUUUACCGUAUGGUUUAAUUCUUUUAGAGAAUAUUUACUUUCUAUUACUGAAGAUAAUGUAGAAUAUGACCUGUCUGAAAAGACCUUAGCAAAGCAUUUAAAGGCAAGUCUUCCAGUUUGUGAAAAACUUAAUAAAACAAAAGCGAUGUUCCAAUUUCACAAGUUUAAGGAUAUUAAUAUUGUUGGUUCUUAUGACACUGGUACUGCCAUAAAUGCAUCCCUUUUAAUAGAUUUACAAAUAACAGUACCAGCUGAGACAUAUACAAAAAACGAUUCAAUUAAUUAUCGAUUUCAUAAAAAGCGUGCUGCUUAUUUAGCUUUCAUUGCCUCGUAUUUACAAAAAUCAAAUUUAGUUGAGGAGUUGAAGUAUUCUUGGUGCAAUAUGUGUGUUACUAAACCUGUAAUUGACCUAAAACCUAGUGGUAAACUUGGUAACUACUUGACAGUGAGACUUAACCUAGUCUGUGAAGAGGAAGCAUACAAACUACAUAGAUUUUCACCAGGUCGUAAUAAUUUACGUGAAUCAUGGUUGUUGUCAGAAAAACAAGAAAAUGUUUCUGAAGUUGGCCCUCCAACACCUUAUUAUAAUUGCAGUGUUUUAAGUGAUAUAACAGCUAAUAUAAAUAACAAUUUUAUUAAAGAAACAUUAUCAAAUAGUGAAAAUUUAAAGCAAGCAAUAAUUUUGUUAAAAAUCUGGCUUAGACAACGAAAGCUCUGUGUGUCAGGCCAUAUUAUAAGUUUGCUGGUAUGCUGUUUAGUACAGAUGAAAAGAAUCAAUAAUAUUAUGAGCAGCUAUCAAAUUGUAAGAAAUGUAUGGAUUUAUUUGAAAACAUCAAAAUGGGAUACAGAAGGCCUCUCUCUAUGUAAAUCUGAAGACUCUCCGCACAUUGAACAGUUCUUAGAACAUUUUCCUGUUGUAUUUCUUGAUAAAACUGGAUACUAUAACAUCUGUUGGCAAAUGUGUAAUGGCACAUAUAAUGCAUUGAGGCGUGAGAGUGAAUUGGCAGUUGAUAUGUUGGACAGUGCAAAACUAAACAGCUUUAUACCACUAUUCAUGGUUCCAAUAUCUAAUUUAACUCAGUUUGAUCAUAUAGUUAGAUUUCAAAACUUACAAAAAUUAAAAACAUUAGUGUUACAAAGAGUGUCAAAAGAAGAUAAAAUUAAUUUUGGUGUUGAUGAACUACCAUUAGUAGUAAAUAAUAUUUAUAAACUACUUACAAAAGGGCUAACAGAUAGGGCAGAUUUGAUUCUACAAUUGGUAGAGGCAGACUUUUCAUGGCCAGUUAAGAAAACUCCAGAGAAAUGUAAAAAUGUGGGGUUUGAGGAAAAGUUGUCAUUUGGUCUAAUCUUGAAUCCAGCAAAUGCAAUCAAAAUUGUUGAUAAAGGACCCCAAGCCAAUCUUCCUGAAGCAGAACAAUUUCGAUUGUUCUGGGGAGACAAAUCAGAGCUGCGUCGUUUCGGUGACGGGUCGCACGUAGAGGCGUGCGUUUGGAAUGCGGACACGUUCUCAGAACGACGGGCCAUUUCUACCCAAAUAGUGGAUUAUCUCAUGAAAUUAAAAUACGACGUACCACAAUCCGAGAUUUUCCACAUCUGCAAUCAGCUUGACAGUUUGACAGCUCGCAAAAUGGCGGCUUGCGAACAGAGCGAAGAGCUCUCUCUCAAAGUGUUGCAAACGUUUGAAGAAAUACGUAGAGAUAUGCGAGCUCUUACACAGCUGCCGUUGGAAAUUAGCGCCGUAUAUGGAACCUCGUCGGUAUUUAGCUAUACCAAUCCACUUCCACCGUUGCCCAGUACAUCCGACCCUAGAGCGUGGAGACGUGCCUCCACAUGCCUCAUAAAACCGCCCCAAGCAGACAAGAAAUUGUACCUGCCCCCGUACGCACAGGCCAAUAAAGCUGUCAUUGAGUUAUCGCACAGCGGUAAAUGGCCGGGUGAAAUCGAGGCAUUCCGAUGCUUAAAAGCCGCAUUUCAUUUGCAAAUAUCAGAGCGGCUCACUUCCCAAUAUUCCUUACCAAGCCAGGCAUAUCCCACUCAUAUAGACGUCAUUAAAAAUGGCUUGUCAUACCGCCUAGAGAUCUUUCAUCCAAAAGAAGUAACGUUAUUGAGAAGAGAGGUGGAAGAUGGAGUCGUAAAAUUCAAGGAAAGUGAAGAAAGCAUUAGGAUCCAGCGGGAUACAUUUCUCUUGGCAAGUUUAAGAGGCGCGCUACACGGUUUACAUCAAAGGCACUCUGCUUUCGGGCCAACCGCGUGUCUAUUCAAACGCUGGCUCUCGUCCCAUCUCCUCUGUCCCUCCCAUUUUCCCGCAACUCUUGCUGAAUUACUAACAGCCACUGUCUUCCUGCAACCCGAGCCAUUAACGCCCCCUACACAGCCCACGGUGGGGCUAUAUAGAGUUCUGCAACUUUUGGUGCAAACCGAUUGGGCUACGCAAAUUAUCUUUCUUGAUUUCAAUGGCGAUAUGACGCCUGAAGAAAUAAUAGAAAUAGAGCAAAAGUUCUCGAACCGUACAGAAGAGGAUCCGGUAAUGUGUAUAGUGACGUCAUAUGAUGGGGCAAUGCCCUCAAUUUGGAGUAGUUCCGCGCCAAGUAAACAAGUGGCGACACGUGCGCAAGUUUUAGCUAAGGCUACAUUAGCUUAUGUGGAAAAAGCUCUAUUAAAGGAUACAAAUGAUAAUUUAUUACCAGUAUUCGUACCGUCGUACAGCGGAUAUGACGUAUUAAUCGACCUGAACGCUACAAUAGUGCCGUACUUUAACGAGCGCAUAGACGCGCGCCCUAAACUGCCCGCGACAAUUGACGUAACGAAUGACGUCAUACCCGUACUUGAAUUUAAUCCGGUCGAGAAAUAUUUGGAGGUGUUGCGGAGUGCCUAUGACGAGUUCGCUCUGUUCUUCUACGAUAACUAUGGUGGUGACGUCAUCGCUGUCUUAUGGAAACCACAUAUCAACGACAUCAGAGAAUUUCAGAUAACAAACGCACACGCGCUAGUACCAAUUGAAGGCAGUGACAAGAAAUUCAAAGUUAAUAUUGAAGCUAUAAUUGAGGACUUCAAGAUCCUCGGUGAAGGAAUUGUUAAAGAUGUCCGUAAUAAUUCUUAAUAAUUUUUUAUUGUGUAUUA